AUGCCGUUGUUCAAGCGAAGAGAAAGUGGUUCGAUCCGGGAUAAAUACGAAUUUCGUGAUGUUCUGGGAACCGGUGCCUUCUCUAAGGUUUUUCUUGCUGAAAAUAAAAUUGAACCUGGUCAAUUGGUAGCCAUCAAAUGUAUCGAUAAGAAAGCUCUAAAGGGCAAAGAAGAACAGUUGGAGAAUGAAAUCAAAGUUCUAAGAAAAUUACGUCAUCCGAAUAUUGUACAUCUUUAUGAUACAUUUGAUGAAAAGGGAUAUGUUUAUUUGGUUAUGGAACUAGUUACUGGCGGAGAAUUAUUUGAUAGAAUUGUUGCGAAAGGAUCUUAUACAGAAAAAGAUGCUAGUGUUCUUAUCAAACAAGUUUUACAAGCUGUUGCUUUUAUGCAUGAUAACGGAGUUGUUCAUCGAGAUUUGAAGCCAGAGAAUCUUUUGUAUUAUAAUCAAGAUGAGGAAUCCAAAAUUAUGAUUUCUGAUUUCGGCUUAUCUAAAACUGAGGAUUCUGGAGUGAUGGCCACAGCUUGUGGCACUCCUGGAUAUGUUGCUCCAGAAGUUCUGCAACAGAAACCUUACGGAAAAGCUGUUGAUGUAUGGUCAAUUGGAGUUAUAGCUUAUAUUCUUUUGUGCGGAUACCCACCAUUCUACGAUGAAAGUGAUGCAAACUUAUUCCAGCAAAUAAUCAAAGGGGAGUACGAGUUCGACGCUCCUUACUGGGAUCAAAUUUCAGAUUCAGCAAAAGAUUUCAUUUCGCAUCUAAUGUGCUGCGAUCCAGAGCAGAGGUAUUCUUGUGCACAAGGUUUAUCUCACCCAUGGAUAAGUGGAAAUACCGCGUACACGACAGAUAUUCAUGGCUCUGUGGCAUCGCAUUUGAAAAAGAGUCUGGCCAAAAGAAAUUGGAAAAAGGCUUACAAUGCUGCUGCUGCCAUUCGUCAACUUCAGAUGCUACGACUAUCGUCCAAUUCCAACCGACUUUCAAGGGCAGCCGCCGCAGGCUCCGGCACCACAACAUCUCCUUUUUCCGUAUAA